UAUGGGAAAUUGUAUGACACCUAAAGAAAACAUUAGUGCUGCUGAAAAGCUAGUGUUCUACGUAAAUAUUUACGUUGAUGGAAUCAUAUCUGUUGCUGGGAUUUUCGGCAAUAUACUUAUUCUAUUAACGUUGAAAAAUACCCCUCACGUUAGUUCAUAUACAAUCUAUAUACGCGUAUUGGCUUUUGUAGAAGUUAUAUUUGUUGCUUAUUGCCUCUUAUAUACGACAUUCAGAACGGCUGCCAAAUAUACUGAUUGUAUGGCAAAUUAUUUAAAGGCAGAGCCGAUAUUAGUGUCGGUUGCUCUACCGAUAGCGUGGAUGCUACAAACUUCUAGUAUUUGGAUAACGGCUAUGUUGGCUGUAGAUAGAAGAAUUGCGGUGGAUAAACCUUUAAAAUCGCUAACGUUUUGUACAUCAAUCAUAGCUAAGAGAGUUUCAGCGCUCACUAUUUUGGGAUGUGUUCUGUUUAACACUCCAAGAUUCGCUUAUUACUCUGCCGUUUCGAAACUUGAAACAAAUGCUUCAUAUGUUCAUAUUGCCCAUCUGAGAGUUAACUUACCUGGAUGGGAUGCCUCCAUUUACUAUUGGCUUUAUCAUGUUGGAUUAACUUUUGCCCUUGUCUUCAUAUUACCGUUAGGUAUAAUUGCAGUAUGCGACGUUUAUCUGGUAAAAGCUUUAAGGAAAGCUGAUAAAUUUCGUCAAUUACACGCUAGAGAGAGUAAGAAUAAAGUUCUAAAAACACCUGUUCCUGUUUCAAGAACAAUAGUUGUAAAUAUGGUUGUCGUCAUUUCAAAAUUAUUAAUUUGUCAAACUCCUGAUUUUUUGAUGGGUAUCGCCCAAGCAGCAAGAGUUGAUAGAAAUGCAGCCGCGUACAAGAUAUUUUCAACGUUAAAAGAAAUGCUACUUAUAAUUAGCAACGAAACAAUGAUUCUACACAAACACAUAGUCAGUUCACUGACCUUGGCCGAAUAUCGACAAUUAACUGAAAAAAAAGAUGGUUAUUUGUAA